CUCCGGACCGUCAACAUAGGAAUCAUCUGUCAGCACACGUAACCCGUCAGAUGGAGUCAGAGCCUGUAUUAACUGCUGAUGAACAUGGAGCGAAACGCUGGGAAACCAUCCCAUCAAAGUGCUGACCUGUCGACCGGGCCUUUAAAAUAAAGUUUAACUAGAACGGUUCACCGCUAUACAGCCUGUGCGUUUUAAUAUUCCUGACGGAUCUGCUCUUCUCAUGCCGUGCUGAAGAGAGCGGCUUUUCCUGUCACGUUCUGGCUGGAAAUAGCAGCUUUUCUCUGUCCGAGCUUUCAGCAAUUAUCUCGGACACCUGAAUAUGAAGCUGCGUGUGCAAUUAGCCACAGAAGAGCGUGUCACAGCAGGUUUUCUGUUCAUAUAAACAGCAGUGCAAGGUCUGUCUGAGCUCAUUGAAGAUGUGGACGGGACUGGAUGUAGUUUGCAGAUUGUUGCCGCUGAGAUUUGAGCUUUGGCCGUUCUGUGCAUGGAGAUCCUGUUGCAACGCUCUGAUUUCUCAUCGCAUCUACUUGUGAGAAACCAGACUUCUUUCAUCUUUGAACUGAGAAGAUGAGUGAAAGCCCUCUGAUGGAGUAUGAGCUGCAGACUCUGGCUCCCAUCACGGGCCCCGGGGCCACGGCGGGGCUCCUGCUGGGUCCGGACACAGAGCAGAUCACGGCGCUUUGUUUCGUGGGACUCCUGCUGUUUUUUUUGGUGUUCCUGCUGGUGCGAUGUUUCCGGAUUCUUCUGGACCCCUACAGCAGCAUGCCGUCCUCAUCGUGGUCUGAUCAUAAAGACGGUCUGGAGAGGGGACAGUUCGAUUACGCACUGGUCUAGCUAAACAAUUACAAAACCACCUGUCUGACUGAGAGCUGAAAGAAGUACAACAAUCUCACUAAACCUGUCUAGAACAUAUUUUUUGAUUUUUAAAAUGAUUUGAUUAUAAUAAUAAAAUAUUGUAUUAUAUCAUAUAUUAUUAUUAGUGCUGUCAAAUGAUUAAUCACAAUUAAUCGCAUCCAAAAUAAGUUUUUGUUUACAUUAUAUAUGUGUGUGUACUGUGUAUAUUU